CGAAAUAUAUUACUUUUUCUUUUUUACUCUUGCAUUUUGCUUAUCCGCAUCAUUCUAAUUAACUGCUCAACGCCAUCAUAGUUUCUAGAAGAAACAUUUCCAACGAGUGCGUAGCAAAAUUCAAUUUGAAGACAAUUAAUACUAAUAAAGACUAAUCCAAAAACGUAACAUUAUUCCUUCACGCAACCAAAUAUGUCGAUUUUCGAUCAUAAAACAUUUCAUCCCCCUACCUUUUUCGUUUCCUCCUAUCUCCCGCUCAUUGUCCGCAUCGUUAUUAUUAAUCCCAAUCAAGUGCGAUUAUAUAUAUGGAAGACGAAACUUUUUACGUUCAGUCAUUCUUUCAAAUCCGAUAAUAUAUAUUCUGUGAUAUCAACUUACUUCCAAUCCAACAAAUCAUUUCCACCAAAAUGAAAAUCAUAGGAAGAAUGCCUAUGCAAUAAACAUAGUAAGACAAUAACUUGAUGCGUUCAAGUUUUUGUUUACGUAAUCAAAUCCUCUAGCUUGCGGUAAAAGAAAGUAUAUAACUUAUACAUUUUCAUCCACUCCCUUUAUGCCUCCCACAUUGUCAUAAUUAACUGCUCCAGUCAAAACAAUCACAUUUCCCAGGAAAAUAUUUUCCACGAACACACAACAAAAUCCAUAUCUCAACAAUAAAUACAGACGAAGAAUAACCAAAAAAAAAACAUGCAAGAUUCUUUCCUUCGCGCAAUCAAAUAUGUCAUCUUUCGAUCACAAAACAAAUCAUUCUCCCCCUCCUUUUCCUCCCCCUUCACUCUCUCUCCGAGACAACGCAGUCGCUUCAUCCUGAUUAAUUAACCAAUCAAAACAUGAUUCUCCGAUCUUACAAACAAUGAACUUUUCACUUUUCGAUCACCCUAACGAUAAUUUUAUCUCAUUGUCAAGCUCUAAUCAAAUCAACUCCAUCGAUGUGUGAUAUUGAUUUCAAUCAAGGCUCACAUUAAUCAAUUUGGAAAAAGAUGUUUGGUGGUGACCGUGUGAAGGAUACACCCCUCCUAAUCCUAACAAAAUCAAAUCAAAUUUAAAUAAACCCCAAAAUCAAAGGUCUAAAUCCGAAUGCCGGGUGGUAGCAGAGAAGUACUUAUCUAAAUCUGAGUGCUUCCUCCCUCCCUCCUUUGCUUGCUUCCAUGGUUCAUCUCCUUCCUCCUUUCUUUAUUCCACAGUCCUUUUCCCUCCACCAUUCUCUCUUUUUGUUUUCAUUUCCACAAAACUAUAAAGAAACCCACUCGUGUCCUAUAAUUCGGCCACCGCAGGGCACCUUACCCUACAGAGAAAGGGCCCCAGGGUCUGUUGGUUGGCCCGUCUUUUCUCUCUUUUUGUUCCAUUUCUCCUUCUACUUACUCUGUUUCCCUCUCUGAAGUCUCCACUUCUUCUUCGUCCCUUCCUUUCCGCUCUCUGCAUUUUCCUCCUUUUAUCACCCCCUUUGUCCCCUUCUCCUACCGCCGAUUGCCCACCGACAGCUUUCUCCCACUCCCCUUCCCUUAUAAACCCUUUGCUUCUCACUUACCCCUGCAAAGCGUGCAUCUUUCUUUCUCUCUCUCUCUCCCUCUGUAGUCUGUACUGCUACUCUGUUUUUGCAGUACUCUGUUUUCCCAAUCCUCUGUUUUUGUUCUUCUUCCUAUGGCGUUUGGAUGUAUACCCAAUUUCCUAACCAGCCGUCGCCGCCGGGGGAAACCCAAUGGGGACCGGAUUGCGGCUGUUUCAGACGAAUCCUGCUGCGGGGGAGAGAAGGAAGGGAAAGGAAGGGGUGAUUUUGAUGAUUGUUCUCCGGCGAGGUACAGCUGGGAAGAGAUCGAGAAUCUGACCCGGAAUUUCGCGUGUUUGAUCGGAUCUGGUGGGUUCAGCAACGUGUACUUGGCUGGUGGUCCGGCGGCGGUAAAAGUGAGCUGCUCGGGCGACUAUCUCAGCCCGCUGUUCAAUCAGGAGCUCGACAUCCUCCUCCGCCUUUACCACCGGCGCAUCGUCAAGCUUUUGGGCUACUCCGACGAUAAAGGUGGCGCGCUGGUGAUGGAGUACGUCCCGAAUGGAACUUUGCAAGAGAGGCUCCACGGGAGUGGCCGGCGCCGGCCGCUACCGUGGGGCAGAAGGAUGGCGAUUGCGUACCAACUCGCCGAAGCAAUCGAUUACCUCCACUCCAGCGUAGGCGACAUCCCAAUCGUCCACGGCGACAUCAAGGCGUCCAACGUCCUGCUCGACGCCGACGAAAGCUGCAAGCUUUGCGAUUUCGGGUCGGCGAAAAUGGGAUUCUCCUCCGCCGUGGCGGCGGUGGGCGGAGGGCAGAGGAGGAAGAAAAUGGUGAUGAUGGGCUCGCUGGGUUACUCUGACCCGCAUUAUCUCCGUACUGGUUUGGCUUCCAAGAAGAACGACAUCUACAGCUUUGGGGUCAUCGUUUUGGAGCUUCUGACGGGGCGGGAGGCGUUCUCCGAGGAGAAAGGGGAGGUUCUGGCGGCGAUAAUUAGGGAGCGCGGGGAUGAAUUUGCGGCGGAUUUGGCGGGAUUGGUGGAUCCGAAAUUGGGAGGCGAGUUUGAUUUGGGGGAAGUGGAGGCCAUGUUCGAGAUCGCGAGGAGAUGUGUUGGGCUGGCGGUGAGCGAGCGUCCGUCGGCGGGGGAAAUCGUGGAGAGGAUGAAGGCGGAUGUGGCGUCGGCGAUUGUGUGGGAGGAGGAGGGGAAGAAGAGGUUUGGAAGAGAGGGAUUGGUGUAGAUUUGGUGUGAUACUCUGUUUUGCUGGGAUUAUACUCUGUUUUUUUGGGAUUUUUGUGAUUGGUUCACAUGAUUGACAAUCCAUGUAUAGAUUCAAACUCAACAUAAAGGAAGGAAAGAAAGAGGAGGGUUAGGGCUUGCUAUUACUAUUAGGGAUUGGAAUAGGAUGUAUUGAAGGAUUUGCAUGUGUUUGCUUCCUUUCGAUUCGAUUGAGAAGUCAGAUUGUUUGUUACUUUUCAUCAUCUUACAAGUUUCUAAUUUUCGAUUUGUUAUUCUGUCAUUUGAAAUUGGUCGUUGAAACUUACCGAGUGAAGAGAAUAUGUAUCCAAAGUAAGUGAGUAAGUAACUACAAUUGGUUGACGUGAGAUGGUAAAAUCGAAGCAAGGAUUGAACAAUUGAGACUAACUAUUCAGAUUACGAUACUAAUGCUAGUAAUGCAUCAUCGAAACUUGUUUAAAAGUUGUUACGGUACUACUAUGAAGGAAACAAUUAAUCUGUUGUCAAUAGGUUGUACAAAUUUCAAAAUGUACAUUAUUUUAGACAUUGAAAGAGCUAGAAAGGUAGCAUGUUAGACACGCGUGAUUCAACGCAUAAGAACAAACCAAUACGACGUCACAAACACGACGUACAAAUUUCGACUUGUACUUUAUUCUAUGCAUGAAAGGAAGGUAGGAUGCCUGGCACCUACCCAUUAAUCAUUAUCCCAUAGCAUGAUUUGUACCUCUGUAAAGUUGCAUUCUAGGGUUUGCAAAAUGAACUCAAAAAGUCCAACCACGAGAUGGGUUUCUCAUCAUGUUUGUUUGACAAUCAAACUCCAUGGGAAGAAUAGGUUCAGAGUUCAGACGGAUGGUGAUUGGAGAACAACUAAUACAAUAAGAAGUCAAAACUGACCAAUACAAGUCUUUCCUUUUGGUGAGUACCUAGAGUUGAAACCAUCAUCAAUACUCAAGAAUGUAAUAGUAGUUUAAGAUGAUUGAUGUUCUAAGGCAAGUCUAUGACUUUACUUCUUUAUUAAUAAAUAGUCUAAACAUUCAUUUUAUAAAAGCCAACGAGCGCAUUCAAGUGAAAUUUUGAUCAAUUUAAGGUGAAUUCGAUAUGAAAAUCUCACUAGAAUGAAUUCAACAUAUUAAU